CAGUUACCGGUCAGCACUGUGCGGUGAAAGUGGUCUCAGUUCGAUGGUUUAAGAUAACGACAUAGUUUUUUUCCGCUGUCGAUUUCCGGCGAACGAUCCGUGGAUUUGUGUACCGACCAGAAAGUCAAAAAUUUAUCCACGAGGGUGAGCGUAGUGCGUACCUUGUAUAUAAAUCAAUGUACAUAUAUUUUUCCUAGCACGACCCAAACGAGUCAACUGAGAAGAAAGCGACCAUUAAAUCUGUUGGAGUGAUCCAUAAAACGCACUCAAUCGGAAUAUGUACUCGCAAUUCUUGACGAAGGACCAAACCCGAAAGUGAAUUUGAUUAGUGCAAAAGGAAAAAAAAUCGAAUCAAGGGAAUUUUGUUUGUUGCGGGUCACGAAAUAAAUUUAAAGUCGGAUCGAGGGUUCAUGUGAUGUAAUUGAAGACCCGAGGUAAAAAGGGUUCUUCUUGAAAGGAGCAAAAAAAGAAACAAGGACAACAUCGGAAAGUGUUUUGAAAUAAGGAUCGUUUUAUUUGGCCAAAGCAACUGCCGGGAGACGACGGUGGCAUCCGGCAGACAACCUUCAAAGAACUGACUGUCGUCAAGCAGAAAACAGGGGGCAGUGAGCAUUUACACAAAUGUCAUUAUUCGGAGUAGUCGUAACCCUAUUGAUGGUCACGUUGGGAGCGGAUAUUCGCAAUGUUAACGGAUUACGAUGUUAUUCCUGCAGUUUGACGGCCACUUCAGGCGAUAAGAGAUGCAUUAGCGAUCCCGCGGCCGUCGAAGGGCAAAGUAUAGUGACGUGCAAGUACAAGUACUGUACGAUUCAGCGGCAGGAACUGCUGGAUCCACCCGGUAAGCUGAAUACGUUCCUCCGAGGUUGCAAUGAAAAUCCAUUGUACCUUGAUGACGUACUAGAAGAUUCCACCUUUCGAGGCUACUAUCGCUCAUGUUCUAGCGACUUGUGCAACUCGGGAGAUGGCCUAUCAAGCACCAACGAGCUUUCCGGUAUGGAGUUGGGUGCAUCGGAAAAUUUACUCGUUCCCGGUCUACUGAAUGGUGCCCAGGAUGUCAGAACAGUGCUUGCUCCAUGGACUACAUUUCUGUUGAUGGUUGUGUUAUACCACCGAAGCAAGAUGCUUUAGUAGUAAAUAGUGAAGAAACAUGUAAAUAAAAUUUGUCGUUUUA